UUGUUCACAAAGCCACACGGAAAGGGCUCGCAAAGAAACAGCAGUAGCAGCAGAAGAAGUAAAAUCUCGAUAAUGGAAGCUUCAAAGUCCAUAGCACACGAAAUCGGUGGGAUCCAAAACGAUGCGCUUCGAUUCGGCCUUAACGGAGUCAAGAGCGACAUCGUCGGAUGUCAUCCCCUCGAAAUCGCAUAUGGAACUACAUUGAAGAGUAAGGAAGACAUGAAGAGACAAAUCCUUGCAAAUACCUAUGGAUCGGCUCUCCCAUUGAAGAUGGAUCUGGACAAGCAAAUUCUUUCAAAAUUCCGAAGGCCUCCUGGGGCUAUCCCAUCUACCUUCCUAGGUUUGGAGGCUGCGACAGGGGAUAUGGAGGAUUUUGGUUUUGAGUCUUAUCUGAACGAUCCUCGUGAAUCUGAAACUUUCGUGCCAGUAGACAUGCAUCAUGGGAUGGAAGUUCGCCUUGAUCUUUCCAAGGGACCUGCCUGCAAAAGCUUCAUGUAAAAUGGGAUCCCAUGUGAUGGAUUUACUUGUUUUAUAAUUGACAUUUGAUGUUGAAUAGAUUUCUUGCUUUUCGAAAUCAAGAUAUUUAGUACAUGUUUUUCUGAACAGCAUAGAGUCGAGACUGAACAGUUUGCAUGGGCAUAUUGUUCCUUAUCAUAUAUGAAAGGCAAUGUUGUGAUUUCUUAGAACUUA